GAUGCGAGUUGCUGCUGAUACUCUUCGACCCAACAUGCGGUUCUCUCUGCUCCUCCUCUGGAUCUUCAGCCUCCACUCCGCCGCUCCGCAGCCUCCUCAGCCCGGACACGGAGCCCUGCACCCCGGCGGGUCCCGGCGCAGGGGCCGGGACGGCGGUAGCAGAGCGACGAGCCCUCCGCGGCUGGAGGACAGCAGCCGGAGGAGAGCAGCUCUGAGCGGACCUCGCGUUUGUGGAGAUCGAUGCUGCGUCGGCUGGAGUCUGUCACCCAAAACCAAGAGAUGCACCAAACCCAGAUGUUCUCCUUCCUGCCAUAAUGGAGCUUUGUGUCGACAGUCCAACAUCUGUGUGUGCAGACGAGGUUUCCACGGUUACCGCUGUCAGUUCUCCAUGGUGACGCUUUCUGUUUCCGGACGUCCGCCGACCUCCAUCCACCCCAUUGAGAUUUCGGUCCAUCUCGGCCAACCAGAGCCAACCCAGACCCCCCAGAGAACCACCACUGCCUCCUCUGGAGAUGAACCUGGACUUCAAGACCUAAACCUGUCUCCUGCUCAGGCCGACGAAGAGGUCCACAAACCUAGAACUGAGGACCGAGGAGGCCUCACCAAGCGGUUUCUGGUGCAGGAGGAGAACCAGGCCUCCCUGAAAGGUGGAGGUCUGAUCAGACUGGAUCUAGAUCCUGAGGAACCUUUAACAACCUCUAAAGAUCUGGAGUCUCACCCUGGAUCUAAAGCAGACGUCAGGAGACCAGAUGAGUCUAAAACUCUGGAGGUGGAUUCUGGUUCAGAACUGAUGUGGGACGAGAAGGAAGGAAGAACAGAAGAGGAGAAGAGGAAGGAGGAAGUGAAGAUGGGAAGAGCAAAGAGGCAGAAACUGAGUCUGAGGGAGGCCCAGGCGAUGCUGCUGAGGAAAACUGUGUCCCGGGGAGGAAAAGGAGACAAGAUGGCCGCCCUGCUGAUGAAGCACAUUGAGAAGGAGAAGAAGAAACUGAACACUGUGACUUCAUCUUCCAACUCAUCAUCAUCAUCUUCAGUAAAAACCAGCCUGAAGACUUUCCACACUCAGAAGGGCCAGUACACCGUCCACUUCACUGGUCCCACAGGCCAGACGGCGACAGCGGGUGGAGGAGGAGGAGGAGGAGGAGGAGGAGGAGGAGGUGUGGAGAGGAUCCAGGUGAUGUUCACGCCGACCAUCUGCAAGGUGCGCUGCAGCCAGGACCGAUGUGUCAACUACUGCGAGAGAGGCAACGUGACGACGCUGUACAGCAGCACCGAGGCAGGAGGGAGGAGAGACGGAGCCCACGGACCGGGAUUCAGAGUCUUCCUCUGUCCGCUGCUCUGUCAGAACGGAGGCGUCUGUCUCCAGAAGGACCGCUGUCUCUGUCCUCCAAACUUCACCGGAAAGUUCUGCCACAUUCCCGUCGCCCCGACAACCUCCUCCUCGUCCUCCACCAAUGAGAUCGUCCGACCCGCCGGCAUCGCUGCCACGGCGACCAAUCAGGAGCUGACCCGGUCUGAGUUCCUGCUGCCGCUCGGACAGAACCAGGAAGUGACGAGAUCAGAAGACUAUUUUAAUAUAUUUCACUCUGGUCCCUCCAUGGUGAAGGUCCGAGUCCAGCAUCCACCUGAAGCCAGUGUUAAGAUCCACCAGGUGCUGAAGGUCUCUGGGUUCAGUCCAAUACGGACGUCGUCUUCGUCCUCCUCGGGGUCGGCCGGCGCUCCGGCUCCGGCUAGAAGUGGAGUUCAGGCUCAGACGGUGAGAGGAGACGGCGUUUACACUCAGCAGUCUGGAUUCAAAUACUGCUUCAGAGAAGUUAAAGACGGACAGGCUCUCCACUUUCCUGGUCUGAGGAGCAGAGAAAUGUGCUGCAGAGGAAUCGGAAAAGCCUGGGGCAUCACCGACUGUGUCCUCUGUCCUGAAAACACAGGUCAAAGCAACAGCAGCUGUAAUCUGGGAUAUGAACGAGCCAACGGGACGCAGUGUGUCGAUGUGAAUGAGUGUCUGCAGCCGGGGCUGUGUGAGAACGGCUUCUGUGUGAACACCAGGGGGAGCUAUAGCUGUGUUUGUAGGCGGGGGUACAUCCUCGACGCCUCACACGGACUCUGUAUCUCCCACAGCGUUGGAUCCUCGGAAGGAGAAGGGCAGUGCCUACCGGGUCCCUGGGUUCUGGUCUCCGGCCCCGGUUCCGCUCCGCUGCCCAUCGCCAGGAACAUCACCAAGCAGAUCUGCUGCUGCGCCGAGGUGGGGAAGGCCUGGGGAACCGACUUGCCAGAGAUUGUCCCGUACUUUGGUUCAGUGGCCUUUAAGGAAAUCUGUCCGGCCGGUCCUGGUUUUCACUACUCAGCUUCAGCUCUGCAGUUCAACCAGAGAGUCACCGAGCAGCUGGGGAGCCGGGGAGCCUCGCUGGUACCCAACGGCAACCAGGGGAACCAGAACAACCAGGGUCCUGGUUCUGGAAUCCAGCACCAGUUCGGCCUCCAGGACUCAGCAGAAACCUCCUUCUUCUGGUUGGAACAAGUACCUCCAGUGUUGCAUCAGCUGGUACCAGAACCCAGUCCACCUCAACCUCGACCUCAACCUCCACUGAAUUUUCCUCCUCAACCUCUGCCAAAUCUUUCAAACCUCGACCACAGCCUCAGUCUCAACCGAACCUUCCUCCUCAGCUCCGGCCGGCCGCCGGUUCUCCUUCCAGACCCGUUCAGCCUGGCGGCAAGCACCACAGUGACCCAGGUCCGACCCGGAUCCCCUCAUAGCCCGACCCGACCUUCCCCGUCAAUUACAACACAACCAAGACCUCAGCCUCCGUCCACUGGGAGUCAAGGUGGUCGGACCUCAUCGGCGGUCCCGACCCCGAUCAGCCGACACCCAGAGGAGACUCCCUUCCUGCCCCCAGCCAGCCGAGGAGCCCCGACCGAGGGGUCCAGACCCGGUGGAGAACUUCCUCCUCAGCAGAACCGACCGGCUGUGAGUCCGACGACCCGACCGGCCAGAGUCCAGACAGUGAGGAGUGUGUGUGAGAGUCGACCAGGUGUGUGCGGUCACGGUCGUUGUGUGGAUCAACCAGGAGGGAAACACACCUGUGUGUGUGAUCAAGGAUUCCAGCUGAACGCUCAGAGAGCGAGCUGCCAGGACAUCGAUGAGUGCCAGCAGAAUCCCUGCAGCAACGGUCGCUGUGACAACACGCCCGGUAGCUACAGGUGUGUGUGUCGCCAUGGUUACAGACUCACAGGAAACACCUGCACAGAUGUGGACGAGUGUGUGGACCCUCUGCAGUGUCCCGGUCAGGAGUGCAUCAACUCUCAGGGCUCGUACCGCUGCGUCUCCUGCCAGCCGGGUUUUGGACUCCUGAACCGGAUCUGUACAGACAUCGAUGAGUGUCGUCAGGCUCCCUGCUCCAACGGUCGCUGUGAAAACACACCUGGAAGCUACCGCUGUGUCUGUCGCCAUGGUUACAAGCUCCAGAACAACACCUGCACAGAUGUGGACGAGUGCUCAGAACCGUCUCAGUGUCCAGGACAGAUGUGUGUGAACUCUGUGGGGUCGUACAGGUGUGUGUCCUGUCGGCCAGGAUACACACUCACCAACAGACAAUGUACAGAUGUGAAUGAAUGUGAGGCUGGAGAUCCCUGUCCUGGUGGACGCUGUGUGAACUCUGAGGGCUCCUACAGAUGUGUGGACUGUCAGCAGGGAUUCAGGAGCGUCAACGGAGACUGUUCAGAUGUCGACGAGUGUUUGAAGGUCGGUGUGUGUGACGCAGAGCGAGUGUGUGUGAACACCGUCGGCUCGUUCAGGUGCGACUGUCGACCCGGAUAUCGAACCUCCGGACUGGGGAGGCAGUGCAGAGACAUUAACGAGUGCUUGGAGGGAGACUUCUGCUUCUCCAGAGGUGAAUGUGUCAACACACCUGGAUCCUUCACCUGUGUUUGCUCUCGGGGAUUCACGCUGAGCGACAACAGGACCGCCUGCCUUGACGUGGAUGAAUGUUUGAAGUCGGGCGUUUGUUCAGACGGUCGCUGUUUAAACACUGAAGGAUCUUUCCAUUGUCAAUGUGAAACCGGCUUCACGGCGAACCCAGAGAAGAACGCCUGCCUCGACGUGGACGAGUGCGUCUCGUCCGGCGGUUCGGUUUGCGGGUCACAGCGAUGCGAGAACACGAUUGGCUCGUACCACUGCCUCACUUCCUGUGAACCUGGUUACCAGGCAACGCUGGACGGCAGCUGUGCCGAUAUUAACGAAUGUGGAAACACGACGGUCUGUGGAGAACACGCCUUCUGCCAGAACCUCGUAGGAACAUACCUGUGUGUCUGCCACCAGGGAUUCACCUCCACUGCCGACGGGAAGGCCUGCGAGGAUGAGGACGAGUGUGUGUCUCUGCCGGGUGUUUGUGGUUCUGCUCGCUGUGAGAACAUGGAGGGAUCCUUCAUGUGUGAAUGUGACCGAGCCGGAGAAGAGUUCGACACGACAGCCAAACGGUGUGUCGCCUCUACGGGGCACGUAUUCAGUGGAAGGUUUCCCUCCGACUACCACAUCUCCUCCUCUUCAUCCUCCUCCUCUUCGUCCUCCUCCUCCUCAACCCCCCAGUCGUCCUCCUCCUUCCACGUCAGCGUGGUGGAGUUGGCUCCGAUGCUUCCUCCUCUACCUGCAGCCCGACCAGGCGAGCUGAGGGAGUGCUACUACAACCUGGCCGAGAGAGGAACCUGCAGCCUCCUGGCCACCAACACCAGCCAGCAGGAGUGCUGCUGCACGGUGGGGGAGGGCUGGGGGCUGGGCUGCCAGUACCACACCUGUCCACCUCCAGACACAGCCGAGUUUCUGUCUCUGUGUCCCAGUGGGAGAGGAUACAUCACCGCUGGACCAGGAGCCUUCAGCUACACAGAUGUGGAUGAGUGUAAGCGUUUCCUCCCAGAGGUGUGUAAGAACGGCGUUUGUGUGAACAACAUCCCUGGAUACAGCUGCUACUGUUCCAGCGGAUACGUUUACAACAGCACACUGCUGGAGUGUGUUGAUCAUGAUGAGUGUGAGGAGGAAAGUUGCAUUGGAGGUAUUUGUGUCAACACAGUCGGUUCAUAUUACUGCAGCUGUCAGCAUCCUCUGGUCCUCGACGACACUCAGCGAAACUGUGUCAACUCCUCCCACCUCACUGUGGAUGAGAACCUGUCGGUUUGCUGGCAGCAGGUCACAGCGGACCUACUGUGUCAGAACCCUCUGCUCGGAGCUCAGGUCACCUUCACGGACUGCUGCUGCCUCUAUGGGGAGGGCUGGGGGAUGGGAUGUGCCCUCUGCCCCUCCUCCGACUCUGAUGACUAUGCCAACCUGUGCAGCUCCUUUCCUCCUCCUCCUCCUCCUCCUCUUUACCCGGAGACGUUUCCAGACUCCACCGGAUCAGAACCUGGACUGAGACAAGGACCAGGACGAGGAGGAGUCAGCGGUCCUCCCCUCCUGCCUCCCUAUGGUCGGGACUUCUUUCCUCCGGUGGUGGUUCCCAGUACAGACUUUGGUCGUCCAGACUAUGAUGAUUAUUCUCCAGCAGGAGGCAGCAGGUCUGGUUUCAGAGGGAGGACGCAGACCAUCUUCAACCUGCCAGACCUCGGCACCGGGUACUACGCUGAAGGAGACUACGGAUCCAACGACAGAUCCAGACAUCCAUCUUUCCACCUCCCUCCAGACCCCAGAGCUGAGAUCUCCUUCGGGGCCCAGCCUCCUCCUCCGUCCCGACCCGACGGUCCUCCUCUCAGCUUGGCGCCGCUGCCAGGAGCCCCGAGAUACGAGGAGGAAGAGGAGGAGGAGGAGGGGAGGUCGUGGAGGCCCGGACCACCAUUUCCUCCGUUCACCGACAGGAGCCGAGGAGGAGCAGCACCGAGGAGGCUGUACGAGAGGCGUUACGAGUCAUACGCCAGCCUGAGUGCAGCAGAGGAUUGUGGAAUACUUCACGGCUGUGAGAACGGCAGGUGUAUUCGUGUUGCCGAGGGUUACACCUGUGACUGUUACCAAGGAUACGAGCUGGACAUGACCUCCAUGACCUGUAUAGAUAUAAACGAGUGUGAGGACGCCGUCGGCCUGGAGUUUCCGUGUGUCAACGCUCGCUGCGUGAACACCGACGGUUCGUUCCGCUGUGUCUGCCGGAGAGGUUACGUCAUGUCCCGCAGACCCAACCACUGUGUGGCUGCUUAGACCGGACCGGGACCCAAUAAAACCAGUUUACCUACUGGACCCAACGGCGGCAGACUGGACUGGACCAGACGUGACAAACCAGACUGGACCAGGACUGAUGAUACUGGACUGAAACACUAUAGAUUGCACUAAACUGGGUAGAGUUAGCCUGAUUUAAGAACAACUCAACGCCGCCUUGACACUCCAAACCAACACAUUUACUCACCAGUGUUCCCAGUUGGAUGGUUUCCACCCAGCUGGGGUUCUUUUUCUUUACUUGGACAGGUAAGAGUUGAUCAGGACGACUUGUUUCAGGGCUACUUUAAAAACCUUUAGCGCCCAAAAGCUGCAAUUUGUACCGAAAAUCAGUCAGUCAAGAUACACAUAUUUUUAGAUUUGACACAAUUUCUGCUUUCUAAAGACGUCGUCAUCUUUGAGAUCCAUCACAGAUAAACACCUGCUAGGAAAAGAUAUGAGAAUGCCUGAGAAUCUACAAGUUGUCAUGGGUUUUUUAACGUCAGAGUGAUUGAAUAAUAGCUCCUUGCACGUGAGUGAAAGAGAAAACAGUGAAUUGUUCUUAGAGAGUUCUACUGAAAAAUAAUACUGCAGCUACAACUUCAAGUUUUACUAUUAAUUCAUUCUAACUGCUAAACUAUGUAUUCUGACAUUUUCCGUUUAGCUUGUAAGCGGCUAGCUGUUAGCUCAAGAGCAAAUAAAAAAGUUAGAAAGUGUUGGCUUUGGUGUGGAAACUGAAGAAUAUUCUACUGAAAAUUAUUUAAUCACUAAAAUACGGCAACAGAUCUAAGCUAACACAAUCAGUUCAUUAUCAUUCAUUUACUUUCGGGCAGUGCUUUUUAGCUGCUAGCUGUUAGCUCAAGAGCAAAUACACAAGCUAGGAAAUGUUAACUUCACUGUAGAACUGUAAGAAAUUUACAUAAUUCGACUUGAAAAUAAUUUGCUCACAAAAUACUGAGUUGAAAAGUCCAAAUUCCCUUCAGUCUAUUGAUUAAAAUAACUAGAUUAUAUAUUCUGACAGUGUUUAUUAGCUAGUGAGUCGCUAGCUGUCAGCUCAUUAUCCAUUAAUGAAGCUGACAAGUGCUAGCUUGGAAAUACUUUUCGACUGAAAGUAUGUCUUUGCGGAAAUACUGCAGAAAUUUCAUCAGUUAAUUUGUUUUAAUUACUAAAUAAUACAUUCUUGCAAUGUGUAUUAAUUAGUGAGCUGCUAGCUGUUAACUUAAAAAGCUAAAAGCUAGCUAGGAAUUGUUAUUUUGGGCAUAGACAUCGAAGAAUUUUUUUCUACUAAAAGUGAUUUGUUCAAUAAAGUCUGCAGAAUUUUCCCUGGUAAAUUGCUUUGAUCACUACACUACUAGCUGUUAGCUUGAAGGCUAAUAGAGAAGCUAAGAAGUGUUAGCUUUGGUUUUCUACUGAAAGAUCUAUACUUCCUACUGAAAUACUCAAGCAAAAAGUCCAAAUUUCAGCAGUUAAUUCAUUUUCAUUUGUAAAUUAUAUUUUAUGGCACUGUCUUCUAGCUAGUGAGCUGCUAAGCUAAGUUGAGCUAAGCUGGUAAGUGUUGCCUUGAAAUUUCUGAAAUGUUUUUGUACUGAAGAUCAUUUGUUCACUGAAAUACUGUGAUGAGUCCAAAUUACUUCAAUUAAUUCCUUUUAAAAACUAAAUUAUAUUUUCUGGAAAUAAAGCUUAGCGAGUGAGUUCCCGGUUAGCUGUGUGUUAGCUCUGGGGCUAAUAAACAAGCUGGGAAGGUUUAGCUCGGAAACCGAAGAAUAUUUUUCCACAGAAAAUUAUUUCUCCACUGAGAAACUGCAGCAACGAGUCCAAAUCUUCCUCACUUAUUUCCUUUUUAAUGGCUGAAUUGCAUUUUCUGGCAACGUGUCUUUGCUAGUCCGCUACUAGCUGUUAGCUUGAGGGGCACUAGAGAAGCUAUGAGGUGUUUAGGAAGUGUUGCUCUAUUAAAAAAAAAUUGUUGCUUAAAUACUAAAGUCCAAAGUUCCCCAUUCAAUAAAUUUUAAUCACUGAAUUGCAUUUACUGGCAGUAUUUUUAGCAAGCCGUUAGCUUAAAGGCUAAUGGACAAGCUAGGAUGUGUUAGCUUCUCUGUGGGAACUGUCAGAGAUGUUGUUUUUCCUGUUAAAAAAAUAGCCACAGUAUCCAUAAUAUCUGAUAAAUAAUGAGUCAAAAUAUCCCCAUUUUUGCUUUUAUAUGUUUUAUAUUUUUACAUGAUGAUGGUAAUAAUCUGUCUUAAUGCUACCGUGGAUAAAUGCUAACUCACUUCAUUGCAUUUUAAUGACAUUUUUGGACUUAAAACAGUCGCAUUUCUAAAUAUGUGUCUUACAGUCAACAUUUCAUGUGUUUUAUUCUCCAGCUUCAGUUUAAAUAGAUGAAAUAAUCCACAUUAAAGUACCUGAUCUAAGUAUAGAGAUAACUGUGAUGAGAGGUUUAGCCUUUUAAACUCUUAAUAGUUUACAAAUACUUCAACCAGUGAGACCAAGAAAACUUUAUUUUUCUUUAGAGUUGAGUGAAGGUUUGUACAGAAUAACUUUAGAUACCAUCAACACUGAGUGCUUCAUAACAACACUACAAGUCUGAUUAUAUUCUGUAUUUUCUUCCUUUUUUAAUCAAAUCUCAGGUGCAGAUUCACAUUAAUACUGCGGCGUGCUCUGAAAACAGUCCCCAGUAAAAAUCUUUCUCUCUUUCUAACCAGUUCUGAUCUGCAUUUGGGAUUUUUAUGGGGAAAAAUACAGAAUAAGUUGUUUUUUAGUUAUUUUCUGAUUUCCGUUGACUGUUCUGAAUACCAGAUGUGUUGAUGAGUUACUGACGUGUCUGUACUUUUUAUUUGUUUUUCCUCCAGAACGUUAAUACAAGUUUUAGUGCAGUUUUGGCUCCUGAAUGUACUGGAAGCUGCACACAGUCUUAUUGUGUAUAUAAUAAUUCUCACAGAAUAAUCGAGUGUUUGUUGUGUUUUUUUAAUUAACUUCUCGAUGCAGUUAAUGAUGAACUUUUCCUCCUCAGCAGCUGCAGUCUGAAGUAUAACAUGCACUGUAUCUCCCAGAGACCAGGCUUUAUUUUAGGGGUUUGUCUAAAUUUCUCGAAGUGUUUUUAAAAUUGUUCAUUUUUAUCAUGAAUGAUUCACUUUUUUUAUCACUGUUGUUUGUAUGACAAGAAAUGAAAAUAUAUUUGCACACACUUUUACUGA